AUCGAUGGCAAAGAGCACUGUCAGAGAAAGGAAAGGAGUAUUGUCAUGUUGAAGUUUACCUUGGUCUUUUUUUUUUUUUGCAAGGAUGGUGUGAGUGAGUCACAGAGUUUCUGAACGGCGGGCUGGGUUUAUAAACCUCAGCCAAACAUGAGUUUGGAGGCCACUUGUCUCUUCUGUCUGUCACGUCUGCACAUGCAGCGGCGUCCAUCAGCCUCAGCAUCCUUACUUCUCUUCCUGGCGGGUACAGGAGCGCAGAGAAAGCUCUUCAUCAUGAGGUCCUACGUCCUACUGCUCCUCACCCUGUUGUUGGUGUCCCAUGGAUCCUCAGCCGUCAUCACAGGGGCCUGUGAGAAGGACUCUCAGUGUGGAGGAGGGAUGUGUUGUGCUGUGAGUUUAUGGAUCAGCAGCCUGCGUAUGUGCACGCCCAUGGGAAAUGAGGGACACGACUGUCACCCCAUGAGCCACAAGGUUCCUUUCUUUGGCAAAAGACUCCACCACACCUGCCCCUGUCUGCCCAACCUGUCGUGUAUCACCUUAGAGGACGGCAGAUCCAAAUGUCUCUCACCGUACCAGUAUCCAGACUACUACCUCUGAGGACCGGAGCUACACUAGCUAC